CUAUCAACUCAAACCUGCAAAAGCAUCAAACAAAGGGAAAAAAAAUAUUCAUAUAAUAAUCUUUUUUUUUUUCUCAUUCAUUUUCACCUUUUCGGCUGCGCACUCUGAGUCACAUUCAAUCCGAAAACAAAAUUUCACAGAAAAACAAAAACAAAAUAAUCGAAACUCGAAAAACCCCAAAACAAUGCUCUGCUCGUUCUUCUUCUCUGUUCAAAAACCCUAACGUCUUUCACUUCCUCACUCUUUUUUCUGUUUAAUCAAUCACCAAUGGACACGCGCCGAGCUCCACGCGCCGUCAUUGACCCCAAGGUUCGAAAGGUCGGGUUCUUUGCUCCACCAGAACUCUCACAAUCGGGUCUUCUUGACCCGAUCCCCCUUCCUUCCUCUUCCCUCUCUCCCGUCAUGAUCCCUCCGCCGCGCCACUCGUCGGAAAAUCUCCUUCACCAUGCUCGGCCGCUGGCGCCGACUGUGCCAGGUGCAUCUUCUGUUUCCAUCGAGGGUUCCGUUGUUGCUGGCGGGAGCUACGGGAGCUCGUCGGAGCUCUUUCCAGCUCCGAUGUCUCCGGCGUCGUCUUCGUACUCUUCCAGCAGGUUCGUUGGCGGUGGUGACGGAGAUUACUGCUUGAAUGGAGCUGCGGUGGCUUCGCCUGGUCGCGGCGGAGGGAAGGCGGCGACUUCGUUGCCUCGUGGCGGAUUCGAGUCGCCGGCGGCGAAGGCUAGCAGCGUUCCGGCGAGCGGAUUGACUACGGUCUCGGUGGUGAAUGAUUCCUCCCUAGGGAUUCGCGGAAGAGAGAAAGCAGAUAAUGGAGGAGGAUCAGCAUUGGAAGCGAAAGACCAAGCUACAAAUUCAAAGCAGAAGAAAGAUAAGACCACAAAAGCUGAAAGACGUGCUCUUCAAGAAGCACAACGAGCUGCAAAGGCUGCUGCAAAAGCUGAAGGAAAUAAGGCAUCUGGAACUGUAACUUCUGGGACUGCAAAACCAGCUAAGGCCAUAAAGCCCCCACACAAAGUAGAUAAUUCUUCAGUUGCAGCGUCCGAGAAGAAGGGAUGUGAUCGUCCACCAGAAAAGGAUAGAAAGAAAGAUGUUCCUCAACCACGCAUGCAAUAUGAUGAUGAAAGCAGAGUGGAAAAAGCUAAACGGCGUGCUGUGGUAAAACAAACAGAAGCUAGGAACAGAGUUGAGUUGUUCAGGCAUUUGCCACAGUAUGAACAUGGGAGUCUUCUUCCAGAUCUUGAGGCGAAGUUUUUCCAGCUUGAUACUGUGCAUCCUGCAGUUUAUAAGGCGGGUUUGCAGUAUCUGUCUGGCAAUAUAUCUGGCAGUAAUGCUCGUUGCAUUGCAAUGCUUCAAGCAUUUCAAGAUGCCAUCAGAGAUUACCGAGUUCCACCAGAGAAGACUUUUGUGAGAGACUUGACAGCAAAAAUAAGUAGCUAUGUUUCAUUCCUCAUCGAGUGUCGGCCUCUUUGUAUCAGUAUGGGAAAUGCAAUAAAAUUUCUUAAAACUCGAAUUGCUAAACUACCUUUGACACUGUCCGAGUCAGAAUCAAAAGCUUCUCUCCACUCAGAUAUUGAGCGUUUUAUAAAUGAGAAGAUUAUACUUGCUGACAAGGUGAUAGUUAAGCAUGCAGUCACAAAAAUAAGAGAUGGUGAUGUUCUUCUUACUUAUGGAUUGUCAUCGGCUGUUGAAAUGAUACUAUCACAUGCACAUAAGUUAGGAAAACAGUUUCGAGUUAUAAUAGUUGAUUCUCGUCCACAGCUUAGAGGAAAAAUUUUGCUUCGGAGGUUGGUGGAGAAAGGUCUUAGGUGUACAUACACUCAAAUAAAUGCACUUUCCUACAUAAUGCAUGAAGUCACUCGUGUGUUUUUGGGUGCUUCAUCAGUUUUGUCUAAUGGGACAGUUUAUUCAGGAGUUGGGACUGCAUGUGUUGCAAUGAUAGCUCAUUCGUUUCGUGUCCCUGUUUUAGUGUGUUGUGAGGCUUAUAAAUUUAGUGAAAGGGUACAACUUGAUUCGAUAUGCUCAAAUGAACUCGGUGAUCCAGAAGUCAUUUCCAAGGAUCUGGGUAGAGAGGAUGUCAACUACUUGGAUGGUUGGGCCAAUACUGAAAAUCUGCAACUUCUAAAUUUGAUUUAUGAUGCAACUCCUUCAGAUUAUAUUUCAAUGAUAGUCACAGAUUAUGGCAUGGUCCCACCAACAAGUGUUCCUGUAAUUGUAAGAGAAUAUAGGAGAGAACAGCUGUGGAUAUAAAUAAUGCAAAUGCGGAUCAUCUCAAGUUUAUGGGCGCUGAAAUCCCCAUGUAGCAGCCUGGCAGCAAUAAAAUUUGAGAAGAUUGUUGUAUUGCAUCUUUCUGUGUACUAUUUUCUCAUCUUUGAAUAAUGUAGUGAGCCUCUUUCUUGUUCUGAAAUUUUGUGCCCUUGUUGGCAUUGGCCUGUCGCAGUGAAGAGUGCGAAUUGUCGUCUCUCCAGACAGAUUUUAAUUUUGCCACGAAUCCUCACAUGAACAGUUCUUUUUUUUUUUUCCUUGUAACGGUUCUUCAAAUUUUGGAUAGUUGACUUGUUCAGUCACAAUUUUGGGGGUUAGUUAAUCCUUGUCCCUUAUAUUGUUGCUGUAUUUAUAUUUACUGCUGCCCCAUUAGGUUGAUAUAAUUUGAAUCCAUGAUUUUCUUCUUUUCUCAACUUUUGCAUUAUCCUGAUGUAUAUAGCAUGAAUUCAAACAAAGUUUCAUUACCAUCUCCUGAAGUUGACAACUACAAGUGCGUCUUGUAAGCUUGUGCCACCGCAAGUAUUUUAUCCUAAAUAGGGAAUUUCAUUGAAAAUAAAGACGCCAUAGAAAAAGAGAGGUCGGUUACAUCUGAACUACAGUGGCCCACCUGU